UCAAGCGAAUCUUUGAUGGUGCGACAUGAAACAGGGCUGGACCAGGGUUGAAGCAUAAUCAAGAUGGCCGCCUUCAUAGAAAGGAUGGGUUAUCUCUUGGUUCUGGGGCUGUGUGUCUGCCUCAGUGGGACACGGGCUGUGGAUCGUGGGAAUUUCAAGACCUGUGAUCAAAGUGCCUUCUGCAAGCGUCAGCGAGCAUUGAAGCCUGGACAGUCCCCCUACAGGGCCUUGCUGGAGACCAUGGAGCUCACCAACACCAGACUCACCCUUCAGCUUAUCAAUGACAACAACAAGGUGCGGCUGUUGCUGGAGCUCUACCGUCUCCAAGGCAACAUGACAAGGGUGAAGAUUAAUGAGCUGAAGCCCCUGAAGCCUCGCUUUGAGGUCCCAGACGUGCUCAUCCAGGAGCCUCCCACUGAGCCAAUGUCUCUCCUGUCUCAGGAUGAGAAUGGUGUGGUUCUGUCUCUGGGUACAGAGUCACAGAGGGUCAUUGUUAGUGCCCAGCCAUUCCGAUUAGACAUCAUGGAGGGGCGGGAGGUGCUGAUGUCGCUCAACUCGCGUGGUCUGCUUGCCUUCGAGCACCUGAGGAUCCGCAAAGACACUUUCUCCUAUAAGAUAACUAAAUCAUUGGGUAGCAUGUGGGAUACAAUCAAGUGGGUAUUCACUAGCCAGGCAGACCCCGAGGCAGAGAAGAAAGAGGAAGGAGACCCAGCCAACCAGCCAGCAGAGGACGGAGCAAAUGCAGAGGAGGAGAAAGUGGAAGAUGGGAUGUGGGAGGAGACAUUUAAAUCUCACACAGACGCCAAACCUAAUGGCCCCUCUUCCAUCAGUCUGGACUUCUCUCUGCCGGGGGUGGAGCAUGUGUAUGGCAUUCCGGAACAUGCCGAUAGCCUCAGGCUGAAGACCACAGAUGGAGGAGAUCCGUACCGCCUGUAUAACCUGGACGUGUUCCAGUACGAGCUGUUUAACCCCAUGUCUCUGUACGGCACCAUCCCAGUCAUGCUGGCCCACAAUACCCAGCGCACCAUCGCCAUCUUCUGGCUCAAUGCUGCCGAGACAUGGGUGGACAUCAGCUCCAACACAGCGGGCAAGACCGUGUUUGGCCAGAUGCUGGACUACGUGCAGGGUUCCAGCGAGACCCCGCAGACGGACGUGCGCUGGAUCUCUGAGAGCGGCAUCAUCGACGUCUUUAUCAUGCUGGGCCCCACCCCCUCCGACGUCUUCUCCCAGUACGCCUCGCUCACAGGUACUCAGUCCUUCCCCCCCCUCUCGGGGCUGGCCUACCACCAGUGUCGCUGGAACUACAACGACCAGGAGGACGUGCGGGCUGUGGACCAAGGGUUCGACAACCAUGACAUCCCCUAUGACUUCAUCUGGCUGGACAUCGAGCACGCUGACGGGAAGCGCUACUUCACCUGGGACCCCCACAAGUUCCCCCAGCCCAAGGAGAUGCUGCAGGGUCUGCAGGACAAGAAACGCAAGAUGGUGGCCAUCGUGGACCCCCACAUAAAGGUGGACAGCAACUAUAAGAUCCACAACGAGAUCCGCUCCCGGGGGUUUUACAUCAAGAACAAAGAUGGCGGAGACUACGAAGGCUGGUGUUGGCCUGGUAAUUCUGGCUAUCCAGACUUCACAAACCCAGAGAUGAGAAACUGGUGGGCCAGCAUGUUUGCCUAUGAUCAAUACGAGGGAUCCAUGGAGAACCUAUACACGUGGAAUGACAUGAACGAGCCGUCGGUGUUUAACGGCCCGGAGGUGACCAUGCACAAGGACGCCAUGCACGGAGCCUGGGAGCACCGCGACGUCCACAACCUCUACGGCCUCUAUGUGCACAUGGCCACGGUGGAGGGUCUGAUCCAGCGCUCGGGCGGUGAGGAGCGGCCGUUCGUCCUGACCAGAGCCUUUUUCGCAGGGUCUCAGCGCUACGGUGCCGUAUGGACUGGUGACAAUGCAGCCGAGUGGGACCAUUUGAAGAUGUCCAUCCCCAUGUGUCUGAGCCUGGGCCUGGUGGGAGUGUCACUGUGCGGAGCCGACGUGGGCGGGUUCUUUAAGGCGCCCAGCUCGGAGCUGCUGGUUCGCUGGUACCAGACGGGGGCGUACCAGCCGUUCUUCCGUGCCCACGCCCACCUGGACACGCCCAGGCGGGAGCCCUGGCUGUUCGGGCCCGAGAACACGGCGCUGAUCCGGGAGGCGGUGCGUGAGCGCUACGCCCUGCUGCCCUACUGGUACCAGCUGUUCUACCACGCCCACCGCAGCGGGGAGCCCGUCAUGAGAGCUCUGUGGAUAGAUUAUCCUCAGGACACAGCUACGUUCUCCAUGGACGACCAGUUUCUGCUCGGGCGGGACCUUCUGGUGCAUCCCGUUACGGACGAGGGGUCAAGGGGAGUGACGGCCUACCUGCCCGGAAAAGGAGAGGUUUGGUUCGACGUCCACACAUUCCAGAAGCACAACGGAGAGCAAAACCUCUACAUCCCUGUCACCAUCAGCUCCAUCCCGGUGUUCCAGCGUGGGGGUUCCAUCAUUCCCAGGAAGGCCCGCGUACGCAGGUCCUCCAGCUGCAUGGAGAGGGACCCCUACACCCUAUAUGUGGCCCUCAGUCCCCAGAGGACCGCCCAGGGGGAGCUCUACAUAGACGACGGUCACACCUUCAACUUUGAGAAGAAGAAGGAGUUCAUCCACAGGAGACUCUCAUUCGCCAAUAACAAGCUCUCUUCCAGCAACCUUGCACCAGACGCCCUGUUCUCCACUCCCUCCUGGGUGGAGCGCAUCCUCAUCUUGGGGGCCAGUAAGCCCAGCAAGGUCAUCCUGAAGACUGCUGAUGGCAAGGAGAGCCAGCUGGAGUUUGACUUUGAUGCCUCCAUGUCGGUGUUAUCCCUUCGCAAGCCGGGAAUGAACGCAGGAGAGGACUGGACUGUGAUGCUCCAGUAACCAUGGAAACGAAGAGGGUAGAGAAGACAGGCAAGGCAUGACAACUGGACUGAGGAGAUUGAUAGAUGUCUGAAAAGAUGUGGCACAUCUGACUAACCAAGAAAUGCACACACGUUACACAAUACCAUACACCUCCCGCACUCUGGCCGUCUCGUCCAUGUCUGUUUUGCAUUAACUCAAACUGUAGAGUUUUGUCAACUUACUGAAGCGUUACUAGAUACAUUUUUGUUUGUCCAUUUAGUUUUGUAGGAAAGACUUUUGAAUUAUGAUAUCAUUGUAGAAGCUGCGCUGGAGAUCUAACACAGACAACAACAAAAAAAUCCAGCUACUAAACUAGCCAGCUGGUAUGACUUGGAUUUCAAAGACAAUUUAAUCAUUUGCUUUUCAAAUGAAGGUGCAUGUUCACAUUCAUGAGACAGGGUUUGUCUGCCACAUUUUUUUCCUGAUUGUGUUAAUGACAUGUAGUUAAUUCUUGUUUUCAUUCCAUCCACACCUUUUAAGUACUUAUACUGCAACAGAACAAGUGGACCUAUCUUUCUGCUCACCUCAAUACGUGCCACAUUUCAUUCAUUAGAUUUUUAGGGAGCAUCGCUUAACAAUGCUGUGGACAAUUAUGUGGAUGCUUUCUUAAUGUUCUGUGUGUUCUUUUGUAUUGCAAUGGGGUGUAACAGUCCUCUCAGCUGUAAUUUAAGGCCAGUUAAUUCCUUUUAUCAGGAUUACUUUUCCUUAGUUUUUUUUCUCCAAAAUUUGAAGAAAGUUGUAAGCAUCAUUAUUUCUGUGCUAUUGAAUGUGUGGGUUGUAAAAGACAGGCAAACAUGGUGAACAACUACUGAAAAGUUGUAUGAAAGGUUACUAUGGGAACUGAUCAGGGGAAUGAACCACUGAUAUUGCGAAAGCUUCAUCUAAUGUAACUUUUUUCAACUUUUGGUUCAGAUUUGUCUAACAGUUUUGUUAACUUGAUUCUUAUUUUUUAUAAUGCACUUGAGGAGAGACAUGACUGUUUACCAGGUUUAGGCGAUGGGGAUUUUAGAUUUAGGGGUUUUGGUACAGGCCUAUGUUUAUGGUUUUCAGGGUUUUCUUUUGUAACUUUCUCUUUUGUCCAAAUCUAAACCAGAGCUCUUUAUUCAUUGUCAGAUAUGCAGAGAGAUGUCUGCAAGGACCUGAUUAUUGGAGAUCAAAGGAAAGGAUUUGGGGGUGUAUGACCUUCUGCCAUAGAUUCAUUUAAAAUAUUUGUUCCUAAAUGUUGAGAACGUUAGAAUAUUGCAGCAGUUAACCUGUUGAACGGUGACUAUGGAGAAUCUGAUGAGUUGUGAAAAUGCAGUGGAAACAUAGCAGUGACUUGAGACCAAUUGAAAUAAACUUGACCAAACCUUAAAGGGUAUUGUUUUUUGUAUGAUUAAAAGUGGAAUUUUAUUAAAAUAAAUGUACAUUACCAACAUAA